AUGAAUGAUGAAUUGGAUUGCCUGGAGGGUUUUGUUGCUGGAUGCAGUGAGCAGCAAACCGUAGCUCCCCCCUCCCUCUCGCAUGCCUUGGCGAUUAUCGCCCCCGGUGCUUGCCCGUUUUCGGUAGGAAAAUCCACGCCGACCAUUGACAGUUGUUUGUUCCAUGCCUCCACCGGCCAUGCAAACGAGUUUUUGAUGCGUGAAACGGCCAAGCAGCAGGGCGUACGACUGGUGGGGGAGAUGCAGCCAUGUGUGGGCUGCGUGGAGGCGAAGGGCAGGCGGGAACCGGUGCCGCGGCGUGGUACCCUCGCGGCGGUACCGUUCGGCAAAGUCCACAUCGACCUCACGGGCCCGUUCUCUGACGCGCUGGACGGCUCCCGGUACCUGAUCAUGUUCGUGGACAGCGCGUCGCGGUGGCAACGGGGGUACGGGAUGCGGCCAAAGAGCGACACCCUGAAGUUUGUGCAGCGGUUCUUCGCCGACAUGAACGGCAUGAGCACUCCGGGGUGUUUCCGCAAGUACAACGGCGGCGAGUUCACCGGCUCCGCGUUCACCUCGUUCUGCGACGCUGCUGGCAUUCGGCGCGAGUACACCGCCCCCGACACCCCCAAGCAAAACGCGGUGGUCGAGAGCGCCAUUCCGCCGUACCUGCGGCCGAUGCCGCACCGCCGCCGCCCCUGCCAUCAAGAACGAUCCUCAGCCCCGUCGCCGAUCUCCGACGCCCCAUCAUCAGCCCCACCGUCGACCGCAACAACGCCGCCCCGUUCCCCCCCGGGCCUGCCGCCGCCGCCGCCGCAGCCCACCAGCGCCGCCACCCCCGCUCCCCCGCACCCGCCGCUUUCGAAACGAGCCGUGAAGGAGUUGGGACGAAAGGACACGAGGGUACACGGCCGCACGCGCGGCGAUGGAGUGCGGUUCAUGGAGGAACAACAACAACCGCCGUCCGGUAGCGGCACCGCUCUCCACCAACGUCUUGGUCUGUUGGCGAUGAUGGACAAGGACUCCCUCAUCUCGUCGCUCGCCACUCGAGAGGCCGUGGAUCAAGGACGCCGCGACCUGCCGCCCCCGCCGCAGCCGGAUCCGAGUCUUGGAGGCCGUGGAAGCGGGGGGGCUGUGGGAGCUGGGAGGCCCGUGGAUUCUGGGAGGGGAUGGAGACCGCAGAUGUUCGCAACGAUGUUCGCCACCCGCGAGGAUGUGGACGCCGCUCUUCGCGCCGAGCGCCCGCCCGACAAGAUGGCAGACCUUCCUCACUGCCUCGCCAGCGACCUCCGCGUGCCGAAAACGUUCAAGAAGGCCAUGCGGUCUCAGCAUUCAGAGUUGUGGGAUGAUGCAGUCGAUCGAGAGCUUUUCGGUUUAUUGGACGCAGGAACUUUUAGUCCGGUGUAGCAACCAGUAGAGAACGCCAUCAAUGCUAAGUGGGUUUUUAACUGUAAGGCAGACGAGUACGGAUGGCCGACGAAAUUCAAGGCAAGACUUGUAGCGCGGGGGGACAUGCAGAGGGCUUCGAUUGAUUUUGGAGAAUUGUUUGCACCCACCGUAUCAGUGUCCAGUGUGCUUGUUGGCAGCAUUAGCAUGCGAGCAGAAUCUUAACUUGUGCCAUAUCGAUAUUCAGCAGGCUUUUGUGCAGUCUGAGCUUGAUGAGGAUGUUUUCAUGCGCUUACCGCAGGGGUGUGGUAGGUUAUCUGGCUUGAUCGUGAAGCUAUGCAAGAGUCUGUAUGGUUUGAAGCAGGCAUCACGACAUUGGCAUUCGCACCUGACGAGGUGUUUGUUACUUUUAGGUUUUUUGCAGUGUCUGGCA